GUUAACAGUCGUCGCCUCUGUCGCUGUCGCUGUUGCUGUCGACGUCGGCGUAAGCUUAGCUGCUGCAUAACACUGUGAGGACAGCAGCGCUGACUGCUCUGCGAUAUCCUCAAUGUCUGACGAAGUGCCUUUGGGUCGUUUAUCCCAAAUAUUUGAUACGCUUACGAGUCUACAAGAGCAACAGCAACAGCAGCAACAGCAGCAAGAGACGUUGCAGCUGCAACAGGCGGCUGUGGGUCGUCGCUCGUCGUCGCUGUCACCAUCGGCAACGCCAGCAAGCGCAUCUGCCUCAACAUCGGGUCGUGCCACGCCCAGUGCGGCGGCACAAACGCUUUACUAUACAAAUACGCACAAUUACUAUUUACGCUCGCAAGAUGGCGCCAGUGCGCCACAUUUUCUGCAUACAUUUCCAUCGCACUAUUUGCAACAGCAGCAAUGGCAACAACAGCAGCAGCAGCCACCAUCGCUGCCCAUACAUCUAACUGGGGGCGCUCGUUUGGCCAGCGGCUUUACUUUGACUGGCUCACGCUCAGCUUCAUGCUCGCUGCAUGGCUCACCGCUGCCAGCAAAGCGUGCCACAUCGUUCAGCGGCGCCAGCAGCUCAACGCCCAACAGUCCGCAGCUGCUGCCGCGUCGCACGCAGCGGCCACCGCCCAUACCAGCAAAGCCUAAAGCUGCAGCUCAAGCAUUAGAGCAGCAUUUGGAGCUUAACUAUGCACAAACAUUGCCCGAGAUAAACUGGCAGGAGCGCUGCCUGGAGCUGCAUUUGGAGCUGCAUCGUUCUAAGAAUCAAGCAGGGCGUAUACGUGAUAUGCUACGUGAUAAGCUAACGGAGCUCGAACAGCGCGUCAUUGAAGCGGAAGAGCGCGCCGAGGAAGCUGAAGAUAAGGUGCGUGCUAUGGAGCAGCGGCUAAGUGAAUGGCCCAGGCCCCAGACACAGCAAGCACAGCAACCAGCACAGCAUAUUCAACAGAGCUCCGGCUCAGCAUCCGUCUCCAGCUCCGUCUCCAUCUCCGGCUCGAACCAACAGCAAGAGCAAUCGGCUGCUGCUGCUGCCGCAACUGCUGCUGCCAUUGCCAGCGUCUUGACAGGAUCGAGCGGCGUGUGUAACGACGCUUCGGCGGCGGCUAUAAGCUCAUUGGAGAUACAGGUGGAGGAGCAACGACAGCUGCGACUGCACGACGCGCGUCAGAUCGAGGCGAAGGCGGCCAAGAUCAAGGAGUGGGUGAACAACAAGCUGCGCGAUCUCGAGGAGCAGAAUCAGCUGCUGCGCGAGCAGAACAUCAAGUGCAACCAACAGCUGGAGCUGCUCAAGAAUCACAUAGCCAAUCAGUCGCAGCGCCACAGCAUUGUUGGUCCAGUGCGCAAUAGUCUGAGCCUGGAUGUGCAGGAUUUCUCGCACGGCACGCCGGAGACGCGACGACGCAGCGAGAGUCUCGAUCCGCAGGAGAUCAUAAGCCGACCGCUCACCAGCUCCUAUCCGCAUCAUCAGCAUCGUCGCAAUUUGUCCAUGGAGCCGCAAGAGCUCGAGCGUAAUCUGGUGGCCGCCGUCGAUGGCUUAGCGCUGGCGCCGCUUAGCAGCAUCAGCAGCAAGGCGGCCAGCCAAGUGGGCGGCGGCGGCGGCGCCAGCAGCAGCAGCAAUGCGCGCCCCGAUAGCUCCGAUACGGAUACGGCGCAUGACUAUGCCGAGAUCUAUACGCCCUCGUGCGAGAAGCUGCCGGCCUGGAUGAAAAACAAUCCUGGCGGCUUGACAGCCAGCAGCGGCGGCAAUUCCGCCAGCACCACCACUACUACCAGUGAGCUGGGCGUGCCACGCCCACCCACACCGCCACUGCAUCGCUUUCCCAGCUGGGAGGCCAAGAUCUAUCAGGUGGCCAACGAUGGACUCGUCGGCACCAGCAGCACAGCCGAAAGCGCCGCCAGCAACGAAGCCACGCCAGAUGAGCAUCGCUCCAAUACGCUCUCCAAUGGACGCUCACGCCAUGCGCAUGGCCAUGCUCAUGGCCAUGGCCAUGGUCAUGCCGCUGGACAGGAUGGUCAGACGCCAGGCACUCCGCAGCCGCCGACGCGUCAGCAGCAAACUGCCAGCGGCGGCUUCUGUGAUAUUUCGGUUCCGGUCUAUGCCACAGUCAAGGGACGCGCCUCACAGAUUCGCUCCAUGCCCUUUACGGGCGACUCCAGCGACGAUUCGAGCGAUGGCGAGGACAAUGCCGUCAUGCUCACCCACAAUUCGCAUAACUCCACCGCUAGCACCGACAACACGGAGACCUCCACCUCGGGCAGCGCCUCCAGUCCCUCGAAGAGCCUCAAGACCUCUUGCAGCCUGAGUCCAGCCAAGCGCAGUGGCUCCGAGUCACCCAAGAAUGCUAAAACGCGUGUCGCCAACAUCAACAACAUGCCAAUAACCGAUUCACCAACUCCCACUCGCCUAACUGUCUACACUCGAACACUCACUCCACAAACUCCACAACGACAACAACAACAGCAACAGCAACACUAUUAUCAUCAUACAUUGCCAACAACCCAGAGCACGUUAACAUGCCCCCAAGCACGCCCAUGCCCUCGCCCUCGCCCUCGCCCCGACAUGCGUGGCACAGUAAUUUCAGAUCUUUCAUUUGAAUCAGGCCUCUCCGAUGAUUACGCACUGCCGCCAGACGCCGUCUCGGAGACGACAUGCAUGGACGCCUCGAUGCCAUCGCUGCUGAUGCGUCAAUCGUACGUUGAUUCGCCCAGCAAGAAGCUGGAAUCGCUCGAAAAGAUGGGCCAUCUGGCCAAGCUGGGCGGCAAGCUAAAGACCUGGCGCAAGCGCUGGUUUGUUUUAAAGAAUGGCCAACUGAACUAUUGGAAAUGUCAGCACGAUGCAGCGCAGCGCAAGCCGCAGGGGCAGAUUUUAUUGGAUGAGGCAUGCCGCAUUAAUCGCGCUGAAGGCGCCUCCACAUUCGAAAUCGAUACAGGCAAGAAAGUUUACUAUCUAACCGCCGAUUCACAUGCCACCAUGGAUGAUUGGAUACGCGUGCUCCAAAACGUGCAACGUCGCAAUGCCACCAAGCUGCUGCUCAGUCGCGAUGAUCAAAAGCCCACGGUGCAGGGCUGGGUAACCAAAGUGAAGAAUGGUCAUGCCAAGAAAUGCUGGUGCGUGCUGCUGGGCAAAAUGUUUCUCUACUUCAAAGCGCCAGCUGAAACGAAUCCUUUGGGACAAAUAAAUAUGCGCGAUGCGCGCGUUGAGGAAGUCGAACAUGUCUCGGACUCGGACUCUGAGGAGCGCGAGGAAGCCGGACAGGAUGGUCAGGCGCGUUUAACUGUCGCCAUUUAUCCAGCACAUCAGGGUCCCACGUAUUUGAUACUAGCCGGCAAGCCAGAGCGCGAUAAUUGGCUAUAUCAUCUAACUGUCGUAUCGGGUGGCGGUCCAAGUGCUGGCACGCAGUACGAGCAGCUGGUGCAGAAGCUCAUGGAGACCGACGGUGAUCCAAAUUGCGUGCUCUGGCGUCAUCCGAUACUGCUGCAUACCAAAGAUACAAUUAGUGCACCCCUCUCGUCCUUGCAUACGGAGGCGAUGCAGCCGGAGGCCAUUAAACUAUUCAAGAGCAUACAACUUUUUAUGUCUGUGGCUGUCAAUCAGCCUGGCAUCGAUUAUCAUGUGGUGCUGGCGCAGAAUGCGUUGCAGCAAUGUCUGGACAUGCCGGAACUGCAAACGGAAAUGAUUUGCAUAUUGAUUAAGCAAACGUCCCGACAUCUGGGCCAAAAGCUAAGUGUCGGCGUCCAGGUAAACAAGAAGCUGGGCAAGCAAACGCGCCAACUACUCUUGUGCGCCACCCAAAGCCUAUUCACAUGUGAUACCCAACAGGCUGGCCAAGCUCACGCCAACGGCAGCUCGCCCACAUCGAUUCAGGCGCCACUAACCACGCCCAUCAUUGACUGCAAGUCCAAUCCGCCCGCCUACAGCUUCGUUCAGGGCUGGCAACUGCUCGCCCUGGCUGUUUCGCUCUUCGUGCCCAAGUCCAGUCGCCUGCUCUGGUACCUCAAGCUCCAUCUCUCUCGCAAUGCGGACACCAAAACCGAGACAGGCAAAUACGCCGCCUACUGCGAACGCGCCCUGGAGCGCACGCUCAAGAACGGCGGACGCGAAACGAAGCCAUCGCGCAUGGAAGUGCUCUCCAUUCUUCUCAAGAAUCCCUAUCAUCACUCCUUGCCACACGCCAUACCCGUGCACAUGAUGAACGCCACCUAUCAGGUGGUGAGCUUUGAUGGGUCGACAACGAUUGAGGAGUUCCAGAGCACGCUGGCGCAGGAGCUGGGCACACGCGACGCCAGCAAUGGCUUCUGCCUGUUCAGCGAUGAUCCGAUUGAAAAGGAUUUGGAGCACUAUUUGGAGCCGCUGGCCAAGCUGUGCGAUGUCAUAAGCAAAUGGGAGACGGCGCUGCGUGAAAAGGGCUCCGGCAAGUUUGAGAACUCACGUGUCAUACAGCUGAGCUACAAGAAUCGCCUGUACUGGAAGCACACGAUCAAAUGCGAGACGGACAAGGAGCGACUGCUGCUGUGCUAUCAAACGAAUGCGCAGAUAGUGCAGGGACGCUUUCCGCUGUCGCGUGAGCUGGCGCUGGAGCUGGCGUCGCUAAUGUCGCAAAUCGAUUUGGGCGACUAUACGCUGGAGAAGUCACGCGAUGUGGGCCUCAAAGCGUUGGAUAAGUUUUAUCCUUAUCGCUAUCGCGAUGCGCUAAGCAGCGAGCAGCUGAAGGAUGUGCAGGAGCUGCUGGUGGCCAAGUGGACGCUGUUGAAGGGACGCUCGACGCUCGACUGUGUGCGCAUCUAUUUGACCUGCUGUCGCAAGUGGCCGUACUUUGGCGCUUGCCUGUUCCAGGCCAAGCCGCGUCACUGCGAGCCGCAGGCCAGCAGCACGCCCGUCGCCUGGCUGGCCGUAGCCGAGGAUGCGCUCAAUGUGCUGGAGCUGAGCACAAUGGCGCCCAUUGCACGCUAUCCGUACAGCACAGUGAUGACAUUCGGUGGCUGCCAGGAUGACUUUAUGCUCGUGGUGGCGCACGAUGAGCACGCGCUGCUGCUGAGCCCAGUGAGCGAGCAGAAGCUGCUGUUUGCCAUGAGCAAACCCAAGAUUUUAGAGAUUACGCUGCUUAUAGCGGACUAUAUGAAUGCGUUGGGUCACACUGUGCCGGGCACGCCGCAAAUGAAUUCGCUAACGCGCAACGGUUCGCAUCGCUCGCUGCGCACAUCAGCGCGUCAAACUGCAGGCGCAGCGACAAGUGGCGCCACUGGCUUCUCCACCAAUGCCAACACUACGGCGCAUAAUACGCUCAAUUCGCAUGCAACGCAUACGCUGCAGUCCAAUCACUCACACACGCUCAGCAGCUCGCAUCAUGGCGCUGGCGUCGCAGCUGGCGGCAGUCAUCACAGCACAUUGAACUCCACGCAUCAGCAGCAGCAGCAGCAUCAUGCGCAUCCGCAUCAGCCGGAUAUACUCAAGAGCACACCAGAUCAUCAGCGCAUUAAAUAAAACACACACACACAUACACAAGUUACACACACAUAGCUCUACUAUGAUAUAAGCGUUACUCAAGCAUAUGGCGUAGCUUAUGCUCAGGUAUUGUACUCAACUCUAUGCACUAACUAUAACUAUAACCCUCUUGAUUCUAAGCUAAGCCACACAACUUACUUUUGUUUAUGUUCUAGCCUAAGUUUGUUGUCCAUGUGUCCAUGUGUCCAUGUGUGUGUGUGUGUUAACUUAACUUGUCUUGUCUACUUAUAAUCGUAUAUACCAAAAAGUAAUCAACAAAUUGAGGAAUUGUGAUAGUUAAAAUUGUGAAUUGCUUUUAAUUGCUUUGUCAUGAAUCUCAUUAAUGUCCCUCCAUGCUCAAGAACUGCCUUUUGGAACCAAGAGAAUCAAUAAGCCAAUAACAAAUUUUCAAAUUCGACAAAAUGCGCGCAACUCAAGUCACAUUCAUAUUCAUUAUAUAGUGUAUAUAGUACAAUCUUAUAAAAUAUUUGCUAACUUUUAGUAUUUCAGCAUUACUUUCUUGAAUUUCUUGAAAUUAUUUGCUAUUGGAUAUGUAAAUUACCAGUUAAUAGUGUUCAGCUGAAUAUUUGUCAACACGAUUAAUAUUCAAUAAUUUUAUGCACAUUUGCCAAGUAAUAAAUAUAAAGUGCUCCAGCGCUCAUUCGUCAAUAUUUUGACUGUUCUAUAAUUUUAUGACUAUAUUUCCAAGCUCUGCACUUUAACGAGAUUGUACUGUAUGUUCUAAUUUUUAGCUAGUGCUAAAUUAAAUUGAAAACAAAUUUCUUAGCAUUUUUUGCACACAUUGUCCAAAAUAGUUGUAAAGCGAAUUAUAUAUUCAAAUUACUACAAAUUUAUUGAAAUUGCCAACCGAACACAGCCAGAGCUUUUUUUAGUGACAACAACAACAUAAAAAUAAUGAAAAAUAAAUAGCAACUGCUUUUGCUAUUGAGAGCAAAGUUUAGAUACGAAGCAUAGAUGCAAGCCAAUGAACAAAUAUUUAGAGAGAGACACACACUCAAAGAAAUUAAUGAUAAAAAUAAAAUUUACAACAGUACCAUAGCAAUUCACUCUAAUAUGUAGG